GUCGGUCGGUAAAACCAAAGAAGAAGAGUGCGAGGAGGGUAAUUUAAAAUAGAAACGGAUAACUGUCCUGAAAUCUUCGGAUAAUAAAAACGUUUAACGUUAGAUCAUCUUCAGAGAGCGACUUUUGUAUGCUCUAGGUCUGGUGUUUCUAAGGAUAUUUUCCGAUCGGACUAAAUCAGGUAACACAAGAAUAUGUUAGUUGUACAAGCUAACUGUAUCAGCUUCAAUAUACUCUGUGAAAAAAAUAGACAAGCCAAACAGUCUGAUUAACACUAACGGAGACUGACGUAGGAUUUAGCUAGUAACUAAAAACUCAGCAAGUGGAAGCUAGUUGCAUUUGUUCACUAAGAUUACAGGGCUAACUGUACCAACUGUAUUUAAGCGUCAACGAUUAAAGACUAGUUUAAUGUGCUAUCUAACAAGCUAACUGAGAGUGUAAUUGAACUGCUAACGUUAUAGUUAUCUGUAAACCAACAGAUUAAGUUUGAUUUACGGUUUAUUGACCUAAAUAUAACGAUACUAACGGGAUCAAAUGACAACAAUAUUCCACACACCAUUGGUGAAAAGUAACAAAACAUCGCUACACUUAACUAACGUUAGCUACUCAAAUACUGUUCAAAUACUGUAACUUGUACAAUUUUGAGGUAAUGUUACUUGUACUUGAUGGAGUAUUUCCAUGUUAUGCUAUUCUACUUAGUACUCUACUACAAUUCAUGCGGAAAUACUGUACCUUUUCCGUCUACUUUUAUUUGAUUACUUUAGUUACUUUUACUGUACCGAUUGAGAAUACAGAAUACAAAUCAACUGAUGUAUUUUAAAUUCAGCUGCCUUGCAGUUUAUAUAGUAGAUCCCCACCUUUACCAGCUGCAACAUUAAAGCGAUGAACUCAUUAAUGCAUCACUAAUUAUGAUUCUUUAAUAUAAUGUAUAUGAAUCUAAAAUGUUGCAUUUCAUUGGUUUAAACAUGGAAAUGGUUAUUUGACUGAAAUGAGAGAGUAAAUGUAUGUGAGUGUACUUAUGUGUGUGAGCACAGUAUACACAUGCCUGCAUGUAUGCACAGUAUACAUGUAGGUAUGUGCGCUCUGAGGACACUUUGGUGGGUGAGCCGAAUCAAGUGGCCACACUCAAAGAUGGGAAAGGUCGCUUUGUUGGGGUGUGGGGUGGUUUGCUAAGGGGAUACACUGGGUGUAUGUGUAAUAUUUAGGGAUGUAAUAGGUGGAAUGUGUGUAGAUAUGUAAGUAAGUUGCCUAUUCAUGUAUGUAGUCAUUGGCACACCAGCGUGCCAUAGAGAAACAAUGAUUUUGCUGGCGACACAUUUCUAGCGACGUGUCUCGGUGUGAUCGUGGGCCCUUAGGUCCUAGCUUUGUGAGCUUAGCUUCCAUCCUGGCUCUCCUCUUUGGGCAGUCGACUCCACUUUCAGUGGCAUUUGGUCUGGCUGGUCGUGGCGGUAUUGUCUCAAGGUCCUUGGUAUAUUGUCAUUUAUCUUAAGUACUCCAGUAAACGAAAAUAAAAUGUUCCAAGAUAAACUGCACAAACAUUUUCUUUUUUGGGCACAUUCCACUGAAAAUCAAUGUCUCUAUUGUUUCCUGUCAGGAUGAGUUCCUCCUCCUUCCUCUCUCCUACCCCCUCUCCUCACCUUGCCCCUUUUCCCCUUUCCUCCUCCUCUCCGAUUCACUGUCCUGAGCUCGACCUGUCCGCCACACCCAGCUCCGCUCCCAAGCCCAGCCGCAUACACAUGAAGCCCAGCCCACUGAAGUUUGGUCAGCAAAGUGACCAAUCACAGCUGAGGCCCUUCCCCCAAGGACAGACGAGAAGAGGGGCAAACAUACAGGUGUUUUUUGACGAGCCGGUGGAUCUCGCGGUAACACUGGAGCAGAGCAGAGACAUCCCACCUAAGCAGCCAAUCAGAGCCCCCAGACAAUGGGUGGAGUCUCGUGGUGGCAGAUUGACAGUAUCCAAUGAAGAUCCAGGCUUUCUCGAGAGGGUGGGGCUAAACACCACUCUGGCUCUGAAGGCGGAGCUUCAGUCCCUGCAGGGUGCUGAGUUUAACUCCCAGAAGGCCAUUCAGGAGAGUCUAUGUAGGUCAGAGAGGACCAAAACCUUGAUCAACACCAGAGCUACUGAAGAAGUGAAUGUCUCUCGCUCUCAGCUUCUCUUCGCUUCAUUGGUCUGUGUCGAGGUGCAGGAAGAUCAGCUGAUCAGCCAGGUGCUGCAGCAUAGGCUGCUGCCGCCCUGUCUUGGCAACAAGGCAGCAGAUGGGCCCUCUCUUCUCCUCUUCAUGACCUCUGACCACCUUAGACAAAAACCUGUCCCACUAGAGGAGGAGCCUGUCAACUACAAGCCCUGCCCAUUGCCAUGUCCCACCUGCUCUACCUUUGACCUCCACAGAAGAGGGAGAUGCUGAGAGGCCAUGCCCUGACAUGCACACGGUAGAGCUCUGAUUGACAGUAGAUACUGAGGUCAGACUGUGUGUGUGUGAUAUCAUUAAUAAUAGUGAUCACAUUUUUUAAAUUAUUAAUAUAAACUGAAAUCUGUAUUUAGAUACCUUUUUGUUUUUCCAAUAAAGUAUUUUCAAACACAG